AUGGCUGGUGACUCACUCGAAUUAGUCCUUUCUGAUGCUCAUGGUACAAAAAUUCAUGCAUCGUGUAAGAAGACUUACAUGGAUGAGUUGGCUACGAAAGUUCCUGUUGGAGAGUGGAUCAACAUUGAUAACUUCAGUUUGACGAAUGCUCCCCAUUUAAUUGGACAGAUUUUGGACUUGGGUGAUCUUGAUACAGUUCAUUGUACUGGAGGAAAAGAAAGGAAAAAGUUGGAGUUUACACUUAGAGACAUUAAUGAUCUAAGGUUGCCUUGCUGCUUUUGGGGAACAUAUGCUGAGAAUGUUUACAAUGCUUGCCAAGAAGCUGAAGAUGGGUUUAUUGUAUGCCUUCUAAGAUUCGCUAAGAUUGGUCAUUUUAGAGGAGAAGUCCAAAUCUCAAAUGCUUAUGAUUCAAGUAAAAUCUUCAUCAAUCCAGACAUACAGGAAGCACAAGCAUUUAGAAAAAUUGAUUCUGGUGACAGUCUAGCCAUCACCAUAUCCGAUUCAGGCGAUAACAAAUUGGAUAAAAAAUUGGUCAGCCACAAGUGGAUGCAAUGCCAGGAGAAAAAUCUUGCAGAGUUGGUUGAAUCUACUGAGUUUGAACCAUGCAGAGUUAUUGCAACUAUAUGUGACAUUGAUACCGAUUGGGGUUGGUAUUUUUUUGGUUGCUUCGAUUGCAACAAGAAGGUUUUUCAAGAGUCAAAAACUGUCAAGAGAGUGAACGGUAAAGAUGUACUGAAAUAUGUGUGGUGGUGUGAGACAUGCAAAAAAUUGGUGUAUUCUGUAAAACCACAAUUUAAAAUUCAUUUGAUGGUUAAAGAUGACACUGGUGAAUCAUCUUUUAUGUUGUUGGAUUCGAUUGCUAAAGUGAUUGUUCCUCAAUCUGCUGAAUACCUACUUAAUGGUUCAUUAGAUGAACUAGAAGAAGAUGCUGAUUUUCCUGAUGCAAUUACAACUUUGAUUGGUCAAACAUUUACAUUUGGAGUUUACGUUGAAAAGGACAAUGCAUCUGCUGAAGGGGUAUGCUACAAAGUUGGUAAGGUUUGGAAAGAUCUAAAGUUACUAAAAAUUGUUGACAACUCAGAAUCUGGUUCUGCUCCUUCCAGCAGUUUUGUGUCUGAGGCACCGCUUUUGCUACAAGACAAUGAACCUAAUGAAGCUGCAUCUACUCCUUCCAAACGCAAGAAUGAAGAAAACAAAGACACGCCUGAUAAGACAUCUACUUCGAAAAAGCUAUGCACUAAAGUGAUUAAGAAGGAGAAGAAGUGA